ACACGACAUAGUGUGACAGAACGAAGAACGAACAACAAGGUUAAAAUAUUUAGAUUAUCCCGAAGUUUUAGAACACUGUGCCUAGUCAAGUUAAUUUCAUUUGCUAAAUCUCUGAAGAAUUAUAGGCUUUAGCAAAACACCCGCAUGAUGGGCAAUGAGGGUUCACAACUAAGUGGUUUGGAGAUUGAAGAGAAGGCGGCUGAGAUAACAGACUUUUGGGCCCAUUAUAGAGCGACAAUAAACGAUAGUUGUAGUUAUUUUAGUUUAAAAAGUGAUGGUUCCGUGUCUGUUUUCAAAGGGGAAAUGGUAUCGGGGCCGCUAUGGACAGUGUCAACACCUCUGGAAAAAUUUUCUAAUAACUUGUUGAAGUACAGACACCCAUGUAUCUUGCGCUAUGUGUCAGCAUGGCAGCAAAGAUCAACUUUUUACCUAGCCACAGAGUAUGUGCAACCACUGACACAGGUGCUUGGCUCCUUGACUCCGCUGCAGAUAUGCAUUGGCUUGAAUAACAUACUGAGACCAUUAGUAUUUUUACAUCAACAGGCUGGAAUGUCACACAACAAUGUUAGUAUGCAAGCCAUAUACGUCACUGGAGAUGGACAGUGGAAACUUGGUGGCUUGCAGUAUCUCUGCUCGUUCCAAGAGCUUACAGGUGCUUAUUUGAAGCAUGCUCGGAUACACAGAUAUGACAAGGCUGUAGACCCUAAUGAGGAUUCUCAAGAGGUUACAAAGAAUGUGGACCAGUAUGGCUUUGCUGCCCUCGUAGAUGAUGUGUUUGCUGGACACGAAGAUGAUCAAGUACCCCAUUUAAGAGAAUUUAAACAAUACUGCAGCAAUAGUCUUCAACAUAGUAACCCUGAGAUGCGACCUAGUCUCUCGGAGGUCCUUCAGCACAGCUUCUUUAACCACGAAUUUAUUUCUAUUUAUAAAUUCCUUAAUUUCCUACCCCUGAAAAGUGAAGAAGAAAGAAGCGAAUUUUUUUCGACCAUUUUAGAGACACUUAAAUGCUAUCACGAAGAUACUGUUGCAAAACAAUUGGGUGGUCUGUUACUUUCUAGGUUAACUAUGUUAGACCAAACAGCAAGAAAAGAUGUAAUACCAUUCAUCUUAAAACCAAAGCACGAGCGGUCACAAAAUUGUGAAUACCCCGGAUUUUUCAGUAUUAGCGUGUUUAAAGAACACGUCAAACCAAGACUUAUGCAGUUGUUUGUAGUUAGAGACAGCCAAAUACGAACGUUGCUGCUAACACAUUUUUCCAAAUAUGUUCAUGUAUUUUCACACGAAGAACUCUCCCAACACAUACUUCCAGAGUUACUGCUCGGAAUCAAAGACACAGAUGACAACUUGGUUGCUUCUACUCUUAUAUGCUUAAGUGAACUAGUACCUAUAUUAGGAGCUAGCACAGUAAUAGGCGGCAAGAGGUCUAAAUACUUUACCGACGGGCGCCCCAACUCAAAGAGCAGCCCUCAUGUGCCUCCACUGGGCCGGACCCCUGACAACACCUUUGCACAAAGGCAGUCUCUCAAAGACUUGUCAUGUUCCGAAGAAAUAUUCAAACAAAAUCACGAGAAGGCUGAGGUUUAUGACACUGAAAACAUAUCACAUUUGAUUGAAAGGCCUUCACCGGUGGGUGGCGAGUCAGUAGAAAUAGAAACUGUUAGAAUAAAUUCGAAUGUAGCAGAUGCAAGUGAAGACGAUUGGAGUGACUGGGACAACACUAACAACGCAAAUAACGCUGCAUUUAACCAUCCAGAUAUGAAAGAGUUUCAGGAUAUCCCUGUAGCCAUCAGUAGCGAAGUCACAAUUCAAAAACCGUUGGUUAAGUCUUCACUUCUACAAAAAGCUGCAAUACAAGCCAAGAAAAACAUAAUUGAUAUUUCAGAGUUGGAUAUAAAGAAUCAGAAAUUUGAGAACAUAAAGAAAGCUGCGGCGGAUGAGUUUGAUUUUUUUGCAGACAUGACCCCGGUCAUAGAAAAACCAACUAUAAGUGCAGUCGCGGCCGACAGCGUCUUGUCGUCCAGCAGUAAACUGGACUUUGUCCCGGACGACGGCGCCGACGCCGACGAGAGCGAAGGCUGGGGGGAGAACUGGAAUGACUAGGUCACUGGUUACGAUUCAAACACAAACAUUCGGUUGAGUAUUUAUUGAAUAUGAGACAAAUUGGUACAAGCUAUAUCAAUCAGAUGAACUGUUCAUUUGUUUCCUAGAUUAAAUGUACAUAUGUAUUAUAGAAUAUUAAGGCGGAAACACAAGAGGGUGGAUAGACAUAUGAUUGUAAUUCAUUAAAUAAUUUAUUAUUGUUUCUUU